AUGUUCGGAGGAGGCAUGGAUGAUAUGCUGAACGCCAUGCUCAAUGGCGGCUUCGGCGGCGGUCGCGGCGGGCGAGCACAGCGCAGUCGACGCGGUCGCGAUGCGACGUACGCCCUCCCUGUCACCCUCGAAGACCUUUAUAAUGGCAAGAUGGUGCAGGUAGAACGCAAGCGUACCGUGCUGUGCCCCGAUUGCAAAGGUACCGGCUCCAAAAGAAAAAGCCUGCCACGGGGCGGCAACAUGUGCCCUGUGUGCCGUGGCAGCGGCUCGCGUGUGAUGGUGCGACAGAUGGGUAUGAUAGUGCAGCAGAUGCAGGUGGUUUGCGACGCGUGCCAGGGCUCCGGCGAGCACAUCGACCCGCGCAGCCGCUGCGGUCGCUGCUCGGGCAACAAGACAGUAGAGGUGGACGCCGCGGUGCAGGUGGUCGUGGAGAAGGGUAUGGCGCACCGUCAGCGAAUCACCUUUCCGCGGAUGGCCGACGAAGAGCUGGGGGUGGAGCGCCCCGGCGACCUUGUCGUGGUGCUGCAGCAGGUGAAGCACGACGUCUUCACCCGCGACGACUGUAACCUGCACAUGCGGCACCACCUCUCCCUUGCGGAGGCUCUCUGCGGCUUUCAGUUCAAGUUCACCCACCUUGACGGUCGCGAGCUGGUGGUGAGGCAAGCGCGUGGGACUAUAACGAAGCCUGACGAUGUCAAGUGCGUCAUCGGUGAGGGUAUGCCGGUGCACAAGCAGGCCAACAAGUUUGGUAACCUCAUCAUUGAGUUCAGCGUCAAGUACCCUGAUCGCAUCGAGACAGAGCAACUGCAGCUGCUCCGCGAAGCGCUGCCGCCGCCAAAAAGUGUCGACGUGGCUGCGGAUGAUGAGGCCAGCGAGGUUUGCUACGUCACCCGAGAGGACUUGUCCGUGCUAGAGGAGGAGAUCAAGAAGGACGAGGAGGCGGAGGAGGAGAACGAGGGCCCGCAGCCCGGCUGCGCGGCGCAGUAG